UUCCCUGACGGCGCACAUGAGAUGAAGCAUGCAUGUCUACGGUGGUACCUCUAAUUGUGUUCCAUCACCAAAUCCAUGGCACAAAACCCAAACCAGAUGGGCCCAUUUAGUGACAGUUACGAUCACGAUCACCUUACAUGUCUAUGGUGGAGAUUGUAGUGAACACAAUUUGAGCCGUCCAUGAGGGAGAGAUUCCUUUCCCACUUAAAUAUGCGCAUUUAAAAGUAUCCCACAUUGUCAACGAAGGUGGCCCACCACAUUCAUGUUAUGAAAAUAACAGCACUGGCAGCUUCUUGAUGCUUUCCUUGUUCUUUCUUUAUCCUUCCCUGGUAACUCCUCCCACUUCAUGAAAAAUAGCACAUAGUUCACAGUUUCAUUAUCUUCCAUUCUACAUUAUCACCAUUUUGAGUUCUUCAGCAUCUCUGCAGUACCAAGAAAAGAUGGCGGCAGAAGCAAUUCUCUCUGCUUUUGUUAAAACAGUAUUGGGGAACUUGAAUUCUCUACUUCUGCAAGAGUUUGGAUCAGCGUGGGGUGUCAAGGAAGAGUUGGGGAAGCUCGAGAGCACGUUGUCGACGAUCCAUGCGGUGCUUCAAGAUGCAGAGGAGCAGCAAGUGAAGAAUGAGGCAGUUAAGAAUUGGCUAAAGAAGCUCAAGGACGCGACCUAUGUUGCAGAUGACUUGAUAGAUGAGUUUGCAAUAGAAGCUUUUCGGCGGAAAGUGAGGACUCGGUCUGCUAUGGUGAAUCGGGUACGCAACUUCUUUUCUUUUCCAAACUCACUUGUAUUUUGCCUGAGGAUGGGGAGUAGGAUAAAGGAAAUUGGGGAGAGAUUAGAUGGGAUUGCAGCGGAGAGGUUGAAGUUCCAUUUGAGAGAGGGAGUUGAAGAUCGGCCAGGCAAUACUGAAGGGAGACUACAAACCGCCUCUUUUGUGAUUGAGUCAGAAGUUUAUGGUAGAGAGAAAGAUAAGGAGAAAAUCGUAGAGUUGUUGAUUCAAGUCAGUACUCAAGAAGAUGUCUCAAUCAUCCCCACAGUUGGUAUGGGGGGCCUUGGGAAGACCACACUUGCUCAAUUCGCUUACAAUGACGAGAGGGUAGCGAAGCAUUUCGGGCUGAGAAUGUGGGUUUGUGUGUCGGAUGACUUUGAUGUGAGGAGGCUAACAAAAACAAUUUUAGAGUCUGCUACCGAUGGGAAACAUGAUCUCCUAGAAUUGGAUUUACUGCAGCGUCGCCUCCAAGAAAAGCUACAUGGGAAGAAGUUUUUACUUGUGUUGGAUGACGUGUGGGAUGAAAAUCCCGAGAAUUGGGAUCAGUUGAAACAAUUUCUCAGAGGAGGUGCGAGGGGCAGUAAAAUCAUAGUGACUACCCGUAGUGAAAAAGUUGCUUCGAUCAUGGGCACUCUCCCUCCACACCAUUUGCCAAGACUAUCAGAGGAUGAUUGUUUGUCUCUGUUCAUGCAGCGAGCGUUUGGGCAUGGAAGACAAGAACCUCCAAACCUUGUAAUGCAUGCAAAGGAAAUCGUAAAGAAGUGUGGGGGCGUCCCUUUGGCAGCGAAGGCAUUGGGUGGCUUGAUGCGCUUUAAAACAGAUGAAAGAGAGUGGCUGUUUGUAAAAGAAAGUGAAAUUUGGAAUUUACCUGAAGAAGAGAAUGGCAUUUUACCUGCUCUGAAGUUGAGUUAUUAUCAUCUUCCAUCACAUUUGAAGCAAUGCUUUGCAUACUGCUCAAUAUUUCCAAAAGAUCAUAUAAUCGUUAAGAAGAAACUAAUCCUAUUAUGGAUGGCGGAAGGUUUCAUUCAAGCAUCUGAUGGAAGUAAACAAAUGGAAGAUAUCGGUGGAGAGUAUUUCGAUAAUCUACUGUGGCAGUCCUUCUUUCAGGAUGUUGAGAAAGAUGAAGAUGGGAAUAUAUUAUGGUGCAAGAUGCAUGACCUCGUGCAUGAUCUUGCAUGCUCUAUUGCUGGGAAUGAAUGCUCGAUUGUGCAGGUCAAGAAUGCAGUGAGUAUUCCCGACACAUAUCGCUGUUUCUUCAUGUUGGGUGAGUAUUAUGAAUGGGUCCUAACAGUCCCAAAGGCCUCAAGGAAAGCAAACCAUUUGCGAACACUGCUUCUGGAUGCAAGACAGACUUUCAGCGUCCCACGUAAUCUUUUAACAAAUUUCAUGUGCUUAAGGGUGUUAGAUUUAAGUUCCGCGUGUGUCACUACGGAGAUGUUGGUUUCAAUUGGCAGGUUGAAACACUUAAGAUACCUCGACCUGUCUUAUACUCAAAUACGAGCCCUCCCUGAAUCCAUUAGCACCCUUCACCAUUUGCAAACGUGA